CGGUCACGAUUCGAUAGCGGGUUGUUUCGUAGACAUAUUUUGUAGGAUUUUUCCAUAUUUUCGCUGACAAUUUUCCGGUAACUGGGUUUCGCAGAAAAAACUGCAAUAUAAACUGUGCGGUCAACUUCCGUUGUUACGUAUAAUCUUUCUUUUGUGUAAGCAAAGUAACACUGCAUUAUGGCAAUGGCAAAUGGUCUCAACUUACAGGAUGGUCUAUCCUGUGAUGAAUUGUUUCGUAAUGGUGAAGGAUUGACUUACAACGAUAUUAUUAUUUUGCCGGGUUACAUUGAUUUUGUUGCGGAUGAUGUGGACCUGACUUCUUUUCUUACAAAAAAAAUUGUAUUGAAAGCUCCGCUUGUGUCAUCCCCGAUGGAUACCGUUACUGAAGCGGAUAUGGCUAUAUCUAUGGCGCUUUGCGGUGGGAUAGGAAUUAUUCACCACAAUUGUACACCAGAAUUUCAGGCAAACGAGGUACACAAAGUAAAAAAAUACAAGCAUGGUUUUAUUCGUGAUCCCGUAGUAAUGAGCCCAGAAAAUACUGUUGCUGAUGUACUAGAAGCAAAGAAAAACAAUGGAUUCACCGGAUAUCCCAUUACGGAGCAUGGUCGUCUUGGAGAGCGUUUGAUCGGUAUCGUUACUUCUAGAGAUAUUGAUUUUCGUGAGGAGGAUAUCAACCUGAAACUACGAGAUAUAAUGACUAAAAUUGACGAGAUGGUAACUGCUCCUAGCGGAGUUACACUACAAGAAGCAAAUCAUAUUCUAGAGAAAAGCAAAAAAGGAAAACUGCCUAUUGUAAAUAAAAAUGGCGAAUUAGUCGCAUUGAUAGCAAGAACCGAUUUGAAGAAAGCGCGAAGCUAUCCCAACGCAUCUAAAGAUAGCAACAAACAGUUGCUAGUAGGAGCUGCGAUUUCGACAAGAGAAGAUGAUAAGGAACGCUUGGAACUUUUAGUUCAGAAUGGUGUAGAUGUAGUUGUAUUAGACUCGUCCCAAGGAAAUUCAAUCUAUCAAAUCAACAUGAUAAAGUAUAUCAAGCAGAAAUAUCCUGAACUGCAGGUUAUUGCUGGAAAUGUUGUGACCAGACAGCAGGCGAUGAACUUAAUUGAAGCUGGAUGCGAUGCAUUAAGGGUCGGAAUGGGAUCCGGUUCAAUCUGUAUUACGCAGGAAGUAAUGGCAUGCGGAUGUCCCCAAGCGACUGCCGUUUAUCAAGUUAGUAAACUGGCUCGACAGUAUGACGUUCCAGUAAUUGCUGAUGGCGGUAUACAAUCUAUUGGACACAUAAUGAAAGCAUUAGCAUUGGGUGCGUCAAGCGUAAUGAUGGGCUCAUUGCUCGCUGGUACCUCUGAGGCUCCUGGAGAAUAUUACUUCAGCGAUGGUGUUCGACUAAAGAAAUACCGUGGAAUGGGCAGCCUGGAAGCAAUGGAACGGAAAGAUGCUAAAAAUGCUGCCGGUUCACGGUAUUAUCAUACAGAUAUGGACAAAUUGCGUGUUGCACAGGGAGUUAGCGGAAGCAUUGUUGACAAAGGCUCAGUACUGAGAUUUGUACCUUAUCUACAGUGUGGUUUACAACAUAGCUGUCAGGACAUUGGUACUAGGUCUAUCACUAAUUUAAGGAAAAUGAUCUACAAUAAUGAAUUAAGAUUUUCGAGACGCACCCAUUCGGCUCAAGUUGAGGGUAAUGUGCAUGGAUUAUUUUCUUAUGAAAAAAGACUGUUCUGAGAUCUUGGAGAAAUACCAUACUGGACUAAACAUAAUUCAUGUACUAGAAACGGUAGUCCUCUAUAAAACUCACCGAUAUGCUUAUUUUAUCACUAAUUUCUGAAAAUGCAUUAAGGCAAACAUUUUGCGGUUUAUACGUGAUCAUAUACCCAGUAAGUGUCAAAUUAUAAUAACAAUAGUGGAAUCAGAAUGAAAUUAUAUACACAAAAUUGUACAGUCUUCUAUUUGUUAAUAAGUUUUUAGUGAUUUAUAAUAGCACUGUUUUACAAAAUUUAUUGUCUACCAUGAAAAUGCAUAAAAAUCAAAUAAGAAUAAAGUGGAACUUGAAGGUUCAUGCAUUUAAAAAAUCUGAACUGAAUCCGCAGGAAAGUGUGUAGACUGUACAUGGCAUAAUUGUUUUUAAUGCUGCCCAUCCCAACAAAAUUUAUGUAGUAUUUGUAUUCCUUUGUCAGUAAAAUAAACUU